CUUUGUCUUUAUCUAUGUUAGUACUGUGUAAUGAAUGGAGUGAUUGAAGAAACAAAGCAAAGAGAAGUUCAAAGGAGUACUGAAGAUAAACUCAACAUGUGGAAACAUUCAAAUCUCUUCAAUUGCAAAUGGUUGUUUAUGCAGAUAAUUGCUUAUAGCAUCAAUUCCACUAUAUCAGCCCGAUGUACAGAAUGUUCAAAUACAAUACUUGGAACAGAGAGCAAGAAUAUCACAUAUGGACCAAGUAAUGAAUACAACUGCAACUGUGAUUGGACAAUACCAGAAGAUAUGGACACAGAUCAUGAAACUGCUGUUGUUCUGUUGUUAAAAAAAUUUUCAUUUCCGAGGACAACUGAUAGUGGAAGUACACACUGCUCUGGAGAAAUCAGAUUCCCGAGCACGGAUGGAUACAAAUGCGAUUUCCCAAGCAACUAUUGUCUUGCAUUUGCAACAGCAUCAAUCAUUUGCAACAUCAACAAAAUCAGAGAGAAAAUUCCAGAUGCAAACCACACCUGUGAUUCAAUCAUUCCAUGGAAUGAAGCUGGAGGAAGUCCAUAUAAGAUACAAUACAAUUCCAGAGGCUAUGCUGGUUACACAAAAUACUUCACAAUACAAUAUCUUGUAAUAGAUUGCAGACCAACAACCACACCUGCACUCACAACGGUAACUGAGCAAGCAACAACAAUAGCAACUCAUCCAAAAGAUACAUCAUCUUAUGAAACAUUCUCAACCACUGAAUCAACCAGAACCACUGGCAACAUUCAAUGUCCCAAUGAAGAAUGUGAAUGCACCAGCACCCAAGUAUCACAGAAUACAGAAGAAUCAGAGAAUACAAUACCAAACUAUUCUCAAACAUCACUGAUCAUUGCUAUUCUAGUGUCAGGGAUUGUGGGUUUGAUCAUUGGAGCUUUGUUGAUGUUUAUAAUAUCAAGAUUUUAUAACAACAACAACGACAAGAAACCAAAGAACAAAGAUUCAAUGGAAAUGGGAAGCAUUCAACAUCAGCAGCCAAAUGUCCAUGAACGAACAACAUAUGAGAACUACACACCAACAUCAAAUGAAAGUGGAUAUGAAGUUCCGAAUCAAGUUAAUAACAAGAAUGAACAAAGUGGAUAUGAAGUACCGAAUCCAGUUGAUAACAAAAAUGAACGAAGUGGAUAUGAAGUACCGAAUCAAGUUGAUAACAAGAAUGAACAACAAUACGAGGUUAUAAUAACUGGAAAGGAAUAUCAAUAUGACAAUUGA